AGUGAGUCAAACAAGAUGUCCACAAACUUUUGUGCACUAAUUCUCCUCACGCUAGCUACAUUUUCACUACAGUCGAAUAAUGACAAUUUUUUCGUCGUCUCUACUACCGAAAGCACUAACAACCUCGACACCAACACCAACACCCAACAAGCCCCGACAAACUGUAAAGAAAUUCAAAAACAGGGUCACAGGAUUUCGGGGAUUUACACCAUCAUGCCCAGGUACGCAUUAGUACCCUUCAAAGUGUACUGCAACAUGCGAACUCAAGGUGGUGGCUGGACCGUCAUUAUGAACAGAUAUGAUGGAUCUCAGGACUUUUACUUGGACUGGAAUAGUUACAAGAACGGGUUCGGAAAGCUGGAGGGCGAAUUUUGGCUAGGUUUGGAGAAGAUGCAUUUACUGACAGGAUACGAAUACAACGAGUUACUUAUUGAACUAGUAGACUGGGACGAUAAAGAAGUCUAUGCACGAUAUAAGACCUUCAAAGUUGGAACUGCAGAAGAUCAAUAUACGAUGGAGAUCUUGCGAGGGUACAGUGGUACCGCUGGAGACUAUUUCUCCCAGGAAGCUGGAAUGAAAUUUACGACUAAGGAUAGAGAUAAUGAUUUAUGGGCCGAAGGUAAUUGUGCUGAUUGGUCGAAUGCCGGAUGGUGGUACCGUAGUUGUAAGAGAACUCAUUUGAGUGGAAAACUCUUGGGCAAGACUUUUCCUCCGUCGGAUAUAUGGAAGAGAACAUACUGGAUUGGUUCCAACGGAAAGGAUUACAGUUUGAAGGAAGUGAGAAUGAUGGUUCGACCAUUGCGUCCAGAUCUGUGAACACUUUUUGGACGAUUAUUGUGUUUACAAAUCAGAAGUUUAAUUAAACAUUUUGAAAGU